UACACACCGGCUUAUCCGGCCAAUAUGUCCGUUGAUGCGGGCGUUCAAGAGUUUAUUACUACAUUCUACAGCGUCUCCGACACACCAGGGAAGAACCAGGAAUGGGUUGAGUUUUUCCAAGAUGGUGCCACGCUUGUGAUGGAGAAAAAGGAGGUUACUGGUAAAAAUGAUAUUUUCAAGGUCCGCGAGGGCAUGUGGGAGAAGGUUGCGGCCAGAAAACACACCGUCUUCAAGGUGUUCCCGGCCUCCUUCGCGGCUGGGUCUGCAGAGGGGGACGAGGUUGAGCUGAUGCUGUAUGGGAAUGUGGUGUAUAGGCUGAAGGGAAGGGAAACGGAGGAGAAGGAUGCUGUGGACUGGGCUGGCUAUGCGAAGCUUGUUAGGACAGAGGAGGAUAAGAAGUGGAAGUUUGCAUAUUACAGGGUGUAUAUUCAGAGGUGA